AGAGUUAUUUAUGAUAAAGCUGCUUUUGCAGCUAAACAAGAGGAAGUUGAGAAAAAAGAAAAUAAGGAAUUGAUUAAGGAAAAGGCCUGAUAAUAACCUGAAGGAUUAAAAAUAAAACGAUGGCAGGACGUGGUCGAGGUGGCCGUGCACCCCAGUUAUCCCUCAAUGCUGAGCAAUUUGGUUUUGGAAAAGGAGAGGAAAAAAUUGCACUUCCUCCAGUUCUCCAGCCACCACUGAAAUACCCACCUAUGGAAUACAAGGCUCCACCUUUUCAGCUAACCGUCGAGCUAUCUUAUCUCCUCCAGUUGAAACGCGACUUCGGUGAGGCCCUGAGAGAAUCCCCCAACAAUGUUCAACCGAUAGCCGUGAAGAAAGACAUUGAGAGGUAUUCAGAUAGAUACCAGGACAUGAUGGUAGACAAAUCGACAUACGAGCAGCGUUACGACUGGAACAAAUUCCCGAAGGAGUUGAAACCCGGCGGAAGGAAACGAAAGGCUAAAAAGUCUCAGGUGGAGCCCAAGAUAAAAAAGGAGGUGGAUGUGGAGAAGAAGCUCCAGGAGCUUGAGAAGAAAGAGGUUACUCAGAAGAGUGAUGAUGAGGAUGAGAAGGGCGAUCAGGAUGGAGAGGAAAAGGAUGGCGAUGAGGCUGUAGAGGAUGAGGAGGCUGAGGUCGACGAGGAGAUGGACGAUGGUACUGAUUAUGUUAAUAAUUAUUUCGACAAUGGCGAGGGGUAUGAGGAUGAAGACGACAAUCUUGAUGAUGGUCCAAUUUAUUGAUUUCUAGAAAAAAAUGUGAUUGCAAUUUGUAUUCAAAGUGUUCGGUGAAAACGAUUUUCGACAAAUCUAUCCAGCGCUUUUAUGUACGUGUAAAUACUUGAUUCUAUCAUAAAAUAAAAUAAAAAUUUACAUACUAAUGGUUGUCUAUAAAUUUUGUAGAAAAAUGAAUUUACCUUUGUGAGAAUAUUCCAUCAGUUAAAGAACGCUCUACUGGAUAGUCUUCUUAUUUCAUUCAAUGAUAGAACAAUAAAGCUUUUUCAAGAGGAAAUAUUGAGGUCCAAUUAACUGUAUUGUUCACCAAUUGAAAUCUAAUAUCUUGAAUUGCUCAUUUUUUUGCCGAGUCGCAGGAAGCUUCGGCGUGUCUUUAUUACGAGUAUUUCAAUUUCUAAUAAUAUAUUAUAUACGUAGCCAUACUAAUUUAUUUUUGUUUCAUUUUUCCCCCCUCUGCCUCAAUUUAUCAAUUCCCAAUAUUGUUAUUAAUGAAUGAUUCUUCAAUUAAAUUUAGUUAUUUGACCGCAAAUGGAGGGGAAUUGUGGUUCUCAGAGGGAAUGAACGCGAAAAUAGGACACAGAUUAUUUUCUCAUGUCGCUGGUAUUAUUAAUUUUUUUAGUUCACUUUACGUCUAUACGUAUCAUUGAAGCAUUUGUUAACACUUUAUAUCCACUGCAUUCCGAAUUAAUUGCAAAAUAAUGACGACAAUAAUUUUCUUUUCUUCGCUUAAAUGUGCUUACAUAAUAUAUCAAUGUUUCCUGACUCCAACGGCUCAUUCAUAUUAUCAACGAUAACGUGAAAUAUCGUAUCAAAUGUAAUUAACGUGAAAUGAUAGACUCAGUCAUGUUGAUUAUAUAUUUCUUCACUUUGUUAUUUUGUUUCUUCUUUUAUUUAUGCAUGCCCACUCCGUUGACUGUUUUGCAAAAUAUGAGAAACAAUUUUGUUUAUCUUUUUUUCAUAAAAAUCCCAUCACAUGAUUAAUUAAUUACCCUGCACCAAACAAAUUCGUGUACACACGAGUGAGGCCUUCAUUUGUUUAAAAAGAUUCUCAUCAUCACAUUUGUUUCAAUAAUUGUUUCAAUACAUAUUUUUUUCAAUGAAUAAUAUUAUAUACACUAGUUGAAAGUAUUCGGAAAGAAGAGUAAAUUCUUUCAUUAAGUUGAAUAAAAAGAUAAUUUGAAAUUUAUCAAAAUCAAACGUAAUACAUAUGAUUAUAUAUGAUGAUAGAAUAAUUUGAACUAUCGUAAGUAUAAAAUUAACCGAAAAUCCAUGGACUAAAAUUGACGCAAUAUUAUUACUAUACCAUCAUCUCCUUAUUCGCCAUAAUAAUCAGAAUUAAACAAUACACUCAAUCGUGGCAAAUUCGUUGUACCUCGUGCUCUUAAACUCUUAAAUCUCCGUAUAAACAUCAAAAUCAACAAUACAUUAUUUGGUGAUGUAAGUGCGCAUCAAUUAUUCUCGUAUUUUCGCAAAACAGUUCGGCCAAUAUGAAUCACUCUCGCCUAUUAAACCAUCAAUCAAUCUCCCAUGUUUAUUGAAUUAUUUAAAUGUAUAUAAUUGUCAUAUUGUAAUAUGUUCUAUCUAUUUAUAAUAGGCGUUUACAGACUAAGGCGGGGAGGGACGCAGAAAGAAAUCCCGGGUUUGCCUUAUUUAAUGUUUUUCUUUGUCGCUCUUGUGAUUUAUCUUUUCAUUAUCGUUAAGAAAAAAAUUGUUUACAAUUACUUUAAUGUUAAACUUUGAGUAAUUACCUCUCUGUGGCUUUGUUCUUGCACCUCGAUCGAUUGCGAUAAAAACUACACGUAACUCCCAUUGAAUUUAAAUCAAAAUGGGAUUAUCACUCUCAGGAGAAAUAAUCGUUUUUAGAUAAAACUCUGGAUCAGAGUCGGGUGAUUUAAUGCCAUUCUUCUGGAAAAUAUCUACGUGUCCAGCACGCAGUCCAAUCCAUUUCAUAUUUUCAUUGUCAUUAUCUAGAAACGAUCAAAUCACUUACAAACGUGAAUUAAAAUUCAAUGAUUAAUAAAAACGAGCCCGAUGGUUACAGUGGUCUCAGAAAUACUCAGGGCAGUUUACUAUAAAUUCAGACGAAUUUUUUCUUGCUUCAUUUUUGUCACAGGAGCGCAGGACAAUCGGUGCCUAGAAAAUUCGGACGGGCAGUGUGAGCUCGCGAGGUGCAUUCGAACGGAGUUUUCAAUUAUUUUUAUAUAUACCUUUUGUUCUCAAGGAGCUGUGUUGUGUGGAAUUUUUAUCAAUGAAGUGAACUGAGGAAUUUGAAUUUCGAGUUCUGUCAUUCUGGUGAAUAUCUUGGGAAUUUCACCAAUUCCAUCUCACAUUUACGCUUGAGGAAUUCAGAACAACAAACUCAAACAUGUAAUUAUCCUUUUUUCCUUCUCCCCUCAUUUGUGAGGAGUUAAAUAAAAUGAGUAAUGACAGUCACUCGAUUAGUUCCUCGAAGCUAGACGCAUAAUAUCAAUAAUAGAUCUAAAUCAUACGAUAUCAUUUUCUUGAAAGAAAAAAAAAAAUUAAGAAAGCUCAAAGGUGUAGAGUGCUUUAAACAAUCUCACGGGGACAAUAUUCUUAUGAUUUCUAACUCAUUAUUCAUACAACCUCUAACUCAUUAAAUCACCCGCUAAUCUCCUCGUAAUCUCCCUGCAUCCUACCUUCACCGAAUUCCAUCAGUCGAUUAUUGAGUUUUUAUGGUUUCAAUUGUUCUCCUGUCUUAUGCAGUUUUAAUUAUUCUCAAAUCACUACUGUUGGUUGGAUUUCAAUUAGUUAAAUCAUUUUUAUAGACUUUUGGACGUGGAAUCUGGAUGGAGUGUGGUGUACUGGUGUAUCUUGAUGCGCGUGAGAAAAAAAAUUCAUCAUUCUCAUCGAGUAUGAAACUUACCCUCCACCCUUCAAUCCUCAAUCUUCAUCAAUUACUCCCGUCCCUAUCGAUUCAAGCCAGUAUUAUUUUCUUUAUUUUGUUUAAUUUCUUUUUUUCAUUACCUAUCUCACUCCCUUGAGAAAACAGUCUCAGCGUUGACUAGUAAAAAAACUCCAGUAUUACCUUCAGCCUCUAGACUACCAGACAUAACUACAGAAAUCACCCGAACGCUUUAUUUUUAUUUCUUCGUUUGACCUCAAGGGAUUUUCCACAUGGAUUUGCCAUUCUCUGUCUUCAUUUAGUCACUUAUCUUGCUGACUCCUUCUCCCAUCGAGCAUUCUCCUCGAACGUCAAUACUCAUUAAUAAAAUCAAUGAACCGGAGAUAAAAUCAUGCAGGUAAAUCAGGUAGCGCCUCGUAUCUAAUCUGAGGGACAAGUACAUCCUCAAAAAUCCAAUAAUAUAUAUAAUUAAAAAAUCAAACCUAAAUGCAUCAAAAAACAUUGUGAGACGGAAUGUAAUGCAGCGUUCGAUCGAUCUCUCCAAUCUAUCCUUGACUCUCUUUCCAUGAAUGAUAUUUAUUUCGUAUCAUAUUUCUCACUUUAUCGCAGUGCAAUGCUAUCUAUUAUUUAUCGAAUAAAUCAUUGUUAACCGGUUGCUCCCUGCGUCUGGAGCUAAUCAAAUCGUGAUCACUCGUCCGUACGACGCAAUCGAUGCUAAUAAUCACCAACCGAAAUAUCCUCCCCAAUGAAUCCGCUUAAUCGAUACUCCUGAUGAAAAUGGAUUUCAAUUAACAAAAAUAAUUUCCACGCGUUUGUCAAAA